UGCCGGCGCCUUGUGACUCUGGGCUGUGGGCGCGCUUGCGGCUCUUCGGCCAUGGUUUUCUCAAAUAAUGAUGAAGGGCUUAUUAACAAAAAGUUACCCAAAGAACUUCUUUUGAGAAUAUUUUCCUUCUUGGAUAUAGUAACUUUGUGCCGAUGUGCACAGAUUUCCAAGGCUUGGAACAUCUUAGCUCUGGAUGGAAGCAACUGGCAAAGAAUAGACCUUUUCAACUUUCAAACAGAUGUAGAGGGUCGAGUGGUGGAAAACAUCUCAAAGCGAUGUGGUGGGUUCCUGAGGAAGCUGAGCUUGCGGGGGUGUAUUGGCGUUGGAGAUUCCUCCUUGAAGACCUUUGCACAGAACUGCCGAAACAUUGAACAUUUAAACCUCAAUGGGUGCACAAAAAUCACUGACAGCACGUGUUACAGCCUUAGCCGAUUCUGUUCCAAGCUGAAGCAUCUGGAUCUGACCUCCUGCGUGUCCAUUACAAACAGCUCCUUAAAGGGGAUCAGCGAGGGCUGCCAGCACCUGGAGUACCUCAACCUGUCGUGGUGCGACCAGAUCACCAAGGACGGCGUGGAGGCGUUGGUGCGCGGCUGCCGCGGCCUGAGGGCCCUGCUGCUGAGGGGCUGCACGCAGCUGGAAGACGAAGCUCUGAAGCACAUUCAGAAUUACUGCCAUGAGCUCGUGAGCCUCAACCUGCAGUCCUGCUCCCGCGUCUCGGACGACGGCGUGGUGCAGCUGUGCCGGGGCUGCCCGCGGCUGCAGGCGCUCUGCCUGUCCGGCUGCGGCAGCCUCACCGACGCCUCCCUGACGGCCCUGGCCUUGAACUGCCCCAGACUCCAGAUCUUGGAGGCCGCCCGAUGUUCCCACCUGACUGAUGCAGGCUUUACGCUUCUAGCUCGGAAUUGCCACGACCUGGAGAAAAUGGAUCUUGAAGAAUGCAUCCUGAUAACGGACCGCACGCUCACCCAGCUCUCCAUUCACUGUCCCAAGCUGCAAGCCCUGCACUGCCAUGCGGGCACUGUGGACACCCCCUUUUAUCAGCAAGGAAGCCGAGGUGCGGAGUGCUUCAGAAGCGUGCCCACGUUUGUAGAGCUGCCCAGAUGGUGAGGCUCCCUAGGCUCUGGUCUGCCCGCUGUCCUGGGGCGCCCUUAAGCCAGCUCCCCUGUCCGCCUUGGCCUCGCUCUGUCAGCAGGGGCUUGGGCUUUAUAGCAUCAUCAGAGCUCCAUCUGGCCUGACUUACUCUCCCCUCUCACCCCCAGGUCCCUGUAUUUCCACAUUUCUCCUGGGUUCUUCUCCCUCAGGCACAAGCGUGCUAGGCCUUGGACAGCUCUGGGACUGUCUUUUGGAGUUGGGGUCAGGUUUCAGAGCUAGUCAGCACCUACCUGUUUCCAGAUUUUCUGACGGAACGGUUUCCCUCUACUGUAUCUGCCGAUAAUUUUGUGCUUCUCGUGUCUUCACUCCCAAAUUGGUUGUGAUCUGGUUUUCUAAUUGACAGAAUCUGCUCCUCAGAUGGGAUUUGUCCACCCCUUGUCCCUGAGACGGCCUUGUCCCGAGGUGUGAGGAAGGUUAGCAGCCUUGGGCUUUGUUCUGGUUUAACCUCCUUCCCCCUGGUUGCCCAAGGGCGCACUCUCUGCCCUUCCCCGACCCUGAGACACUGUGGCCUUGGACUCCCACCAGCUCCCCAGCUCCUGGAGCGCAGGAUCCACUCCAGCAGGAAAUGUUAUUCAAAUACUGUUGUCCCCAGCCGGGGUUCUAGUGACUUUGGAAAUCUUCUCUAUUUUCGCCUGUACUCAUAUAAGCAACUCCCAGAAAGGGAACUUAAGAGUAAAAGACACCAUAAGAAAAACCCAAAAUAAGGGCCUCAAAUAAAGAGAAAAAAGCGUGGAGGAUUCAGAUUUAGCUACAAGCAUGUCUUGUGGGAGGGGUGCUCAUGCCAGACCUUGUCCUAAGCUCUGGAGUGACGGGAUCACCCACCAGGGGAGGUGGCGUUACCGUAGCCCAGACACUGCAGGGCAGGACGUGUCUGGAUCCCUGUGAGGGCUGCUCCAGGGGCUACUCCACUUUGAGGCGGAUGUGGCAGCCAUGCCUCUGGGCCCCCAGGUGGAGCCGAGGGUCAGCGGCAGCGUGGGUGGUGACGGACCCGCAGCCGGUGUCCGCCUCCCUGGGGAAGGCCGACUGCUCUGCUUCCAUGCCAGGGAGCCCCCUCCCCCAGCCCCGGAGCUGAGAGGAGGCAGUGCCGGCCGGCUAAGUUCCACAGAUUCAGAAUUGUGAACCUUAGUUUUUAUCUUUCACUAAAGAUCUGCAAGCAGGAAGCGAUGAGGGGAGUGACCACCAGCCCCUAGCAGGUGACGGCCACACCUCAUUUGCUGAACUUCAGUUCCCAGGUUGUCCUUUUCAUUUUUCAUAUGAAUGAGGCAAGUGUGUGCACACACCCCCUCCUCCCUUCAAGGAACUGGUCUGUGAUUCUCGGGAGGACAGGCCUUGUCCUCUCAAAAACCUGAAUCUAGAAGGCGAUCUGAAAGGGAAACGGAUGCAGACAAGGGGACUCGAUUCAAGAGAACCCAGAGGAGCUCAUGAAGCUUGUGCAGAGGUUAGGGGUCCUUGUUCCUUCAGUUCGCAGCCUGCAGGGUGUGUCAUCAGCGGGUUUCAGUGACAUUAGGGGGCUGGUUUCCUUAGUACCAGAGCCAGUUUUUUGGACUUUUAAAAAAUAUUAAUGCAGCUCAUUGCUCCUAGAAGCUACCCAAGAAUUUUAGCUAUUAAAGAGUAAAGAAUUAUAGCCAAUAAAAGCUGUAUUACUUUGCUACUACAAAGUUUUAGUUUUCACCCUGAUUUAUUAUAGCCUUCACCAGUGAGGUUUAUGCUUUCAUAUAUGUUGUUAUAAUUAGUGCCCUUUUUAGCUUAACAGAGUCCCUUUAACACUUCUUGUAAGGUGGCUCGUGUGUGUGAGGCGUGUGCUGCGCUGUGUGGCUCGAGGUAUCUUAGUUCCCCAACCAGGGAUGGAACUUGGGCCCUGGCAGUGAAAGCCCUGGGUCCUAAUCAGUGGACCACAGGGAAUUCCCACCUCUCCCCCAAUGAUAACCUUGCUGGUAUUCUUGGUUGGAAUUGUUUACCCCUUUCUUUCAGCACUUAUAUAGUGCCCCUCCAUUCAGGCCUGCCUGCAGAAUUUCUCCUGAGAAGUCUGCUGAUAGUCUUACGGGAAUUCCCUUGCACAUAACAACUUGUUUUUCUCUUGCUGCUUUUAAGAUUCUUUAACUUUUCACACUUUAAUUAUAUCCCUUAUAAUGAGAAUGUUAGUCCAAUUGAUGCUGUCCUGUAAGUCUGUUAGACUGUAUUUUUUUCCUUUCUGCUGCUCUGAUUGGCUGAUUUUCACUACCAGUUUUUCAAGUCACUGAUCCUUUUAUCUGCUUCACCCAGUCUGCUCUUGAAACUCUGUGCUGUAUUUUUCAGUUCAGGGCUGUUCUUCAGCUCCGUGACCUGUGUGGUAGUUUUCCAGAGGAGGGUGUAAACUCCUGUCUGGGGGCCUGGCAGAGGGCUAGCACACCUGCCUGCCUUGGCUGGGGGCACGUCUGGGGGCCUCUUGCCAGAAAGACAGGGCGUUUCGGCCUGCUGUCUGCACAGUGCCUGGGGUGGUAGUCUGCCAGGAGUCUCUUCUCAUGUUAAAAGUCCCGAGAGAGCCGGGAAUACGAGCCCCCUUCUGCCGUCAGGGUCAGGUGAGCCAGGAGCAGCCCAUAUACGAAGACAGGGGCACAGGCGGCUGUAAAACCUCGCCUCUGGGAGACGCUGGUGCCCAGUGUGUGGUUCAGUGAGAAACUCCAGGUUUUGAGUUCCCUCCUGAUGGGGGGGUCCAUGACAGACCGUGGCCUCCCCUGUUCACUUGCACCGGCUCCUCUCCUCUGCCCAACGUGGAGAGGUUGGCCAGCUGGUUUUUGUGUUUUU